AUGCUGAUGUACGGUGCCAACAUGGGAAAGCUCUUCACAGCAAUUGUUAUUAUGCAGAUCUUAUGGAGUUGCUCAGGAAUACCUGGACAGCAGACAUCACCAUUUCAAUUUACACAAACACUAUACAAUACCACUAUAUAUGAAAACUCAGCUGCCAAAAGCUAUGUAGAAUGCCCCAUUAAAAUGGGAAUAUACAUCACAGACCCAUCCUGGGACAUUCAAUACAAAAUAGAAUCUGGAAAUGGAGAGGCUUUAUUCAAGGCUGAAGAGUAUGUACUGGGAGACUUCCGUUUCCUGCGAAUUAGGACCAAAGGAGGCAGCUCUGCUAUACUCAACAGGGAAGUGAAGGAGCACUACUCACUGAGAGUCAAAGCACUAAAAUGGAGCACCAACGCUGUCGCUCAAACAAGAGUUCAAGUGCGAGUUCUGGACACCAACGAUCUCCGGCCUCUUUUCUCACCAACCUCCUACUCAGUCUCCGUGCCUGAAAACGCUGCCAUCAGAACCAGCAUCGUGAGAGUUACCGCCACCGAUGCCGACAUCGGCACAAAUGGAGAGUACUAUUUCAGCUUGGAAGGAGAACACACCGAUAUGUUUGCCAUUCAUCCCACCAGUGGGGUGAUUACUCUGAUGGCCAAACUGGAUUAUGCUGACCGGAGGCUGUUUGAGAUGGAUGUCUUGGCGGUAGAUCGGGGAAUGAAACUCUAUGGGAGCAGUGGCUUCAGCAGCACAGCCAUGCUGACGGUCAGGGUACUGCAGGCCAAUGAGCACGCUCCCAUCCUCACAGCUGUUCCCUUAGCUCCAUCAAACACAGACACGGACCCUACGUACGCUCUAGUAACCGUGGAAGACAAUGAUCAAGGGCCUAAUGGUGAGAUAGCAUCACUGAGUAUAGUAGCUGGGGACCCACUCCAGCAGUUUAGGGCAGUGAGAACCAGCCCUGGUGGAAAAGAAUACAGGGUCAAAGCCAUUAAGGAUGUGGACUGGGAUAGUUGUCACUUUGGAUGCAAUCUUACACUACAGGCCAAGGAUAAAGGUAGCCCACCACAGUUCUCCUCAGCUGAAGUCAUUAGAGUGAGAUCCCCACGUGUUGAUGUAAGGGCUCCUACAUUUGAAAAAAGCAUUUACAGAGUCAACCUGACAGAAUUUGCCCCGUCCAACACUUCUGUUGUAAUGGUGAGAGCUAUGCCAAAUCACCCCAUGUUAAAAUACUCCUUAAAAUACCCCAGGAUCCAACAGAACACCCAUCCUUUCACUAUUAAUUCAAACACAGGCUUGAUCACAACAACUGCAGCUAUCCAAGCCGACCGUGCCAGCAAGUAUGACUUUGAGGUGAUUAUUAACCAAGAACAAGCAUCAACCAGGGUGGUCAUCAAUGUGAUUGAUGUGAAUAAUAAUGCACCAGUUUUUCAGCAACAGUCCUACAAAGGCAAUGUCAAUGGAAAUGUGCCAGUGGGGACCAGCAUCCUCACGGUCAGUGCUAGCGACAUGGAUGAAGGAGAGAAUGGUUACGUUACUUACACCAUCGCCAAUGUAAACCAACCACAGCCUUUCACCAUAGAUUACUUCACAGGUGUCAUCAGCACUGCCAGGGAAUUGGACUAUGAGAGGAUGCCAAGGGUUUACAACCUCAGAGUCAGAGCUUCAGAUUGGGGCUCUCCUUUCUGCCGUGAAGUGGAGACUCCAGUUUCUAUUACACUCAACAACCUCAAUGACAAUGAGCCCUUGUUUGAGAAGGUUGACUGUGAAGUGAGCUUACCAAGAUACUACAGGGUUGGUGAGCAGAUAGCCGCAGUGUCUGCUAUCGAUGCAGACGACAUGGAAGUGGUUCAGUAUGUAAUCAUAGAUGGUAACCACCUUGGUCUUUUUGAGUUGACACCAGACACUGGGGUGUUAUCACUAAAAUAGCCUUUACAUGAUGGCGAGGCUGCAAGGUUGACCUUUCACUCCUUACAAAUUAGUGCCAACGAUGGUGAGACAUCAAGUAAGCCAAUGUUUGUGAACAUCCCAGUCCUGUCUGGUUCAGGAGCCGUCUUCGAACAGUGUGUCGAUACAGGACUGGUUGGGCGUCUGGCUGAUAAGGAGGAUACAGACGUAGGAACAGCGGUCAUUCAGGUUGAUGCCACAGAUAAAGAUUCAGGGGCCAACGGAAUCAUCAGGUAUUCAUUGAUGGCUGAGUCCGAUCACUUUGUCAUAGAUGACCAGACGGGAGUGGUGAAGGUUAAAAGUCCAUUGGACCGGGAGCUCCACCCAACAAUUAUCCUAAAAGUUGUGGCCUGUGAUCAGGCAGUUGAUGAACCUCAGAUGAUUUCUACAGUAUCUCUGAAGGUAGUGUUAGAGGAUGUCAAUGACAACCCUCCUAGGUUUUUCCCCCUCCACCAGCGCGUGAAGGUGCGGGAGGAUCUCCCGGUAGGGGCGGUGGUGGUCUGGCUACAGGCCCAUGAUCCUGACCAAGGUCAGUCUGGACAGGUCCAUUUCAGCCUGCUGGACGAUGGAGAUGGAGACUUUGAUGUUGAUAAAACAAACGGUGCUGUUCGUAUUUUAAGGACCCUGGACUUUGAGAGGAGACCGGUGUAUAACCUGACCGCCAGAGCCAAGGAUAAAGGGAAACCUGAGUCGUUGUCCUGCACCUGUUUUAUUGAAAUCUCCAUAGUAGAUGUGGCUGAGAAUCUGCACCAGCCUCAGUUUGCCUCUUUUGUGGAUAAGGGAAGUGUGAGAGAAGAUGCUCCUAUUGGCACAACUAUAAUGACAGUUACAGCACAGGACAAUGACCAAGGUAGAGAUGGAAAAAUACAGUAUUCUAUAAGGGACGGAUCAGGCCUCGGAGUAUUCACCAUAGAUGAAGAGAGUGGUGUCAUACAGACACAGGAGCUUUUAGACCAUGAGACCACCAAUCGUUACUGGCUGACUAUCUAUGGCACCGACCUAGCUGUGGUGCCUCAGUCGUCAUUUAUGGAGGUCUACAUUGAGGUUGAAGAUGUCAACGACAAUGCGCCCCAGACCUCCGAGCCUGUCUAUUACCCUGAUGUCAUGGAGAAUUCCCCCAAUGAUGUAUCUGUUAUCCAGGUGGAGGCUGUGGACCCUGACUCUGGAAACAGUGACCAGGUCUACUAUAAGAUAACCAGCGGGAACCCACAGGGAUUCUUCAGCAUCGACCACCAGACUGGUUUGGUGACAACCACUUCCAGAAAACUGGACAGAGAGCAGCAAGAGGGAGAUACGCUGGAGAUCACAGUAACAGACAAAGGCGUCCCAGCCAGGUCCACCGCUGUCCGGGUGGUGGUGAGGGUGCAGGAUGAGAAUGACAACACCCCACAGUUCCUGGAGAAGAUCUAUAAGGUCCAGCUCCCAGAGAGGGACAGGGACAGGUCAGAGAGGGAAAGACCAACAGAGAGGAGGGGGGUUGCUAAGAUAGAGCCCAUCUACAGAGUGAUCGCCUCUGACAGAGACACGGGCCCCAACGCUGAGGUCUCUUACAGCAUCGGGGGAGACGAGCAGGGGAGGUACUUCAUCGAACCCAAAACUGGCCAUGUGUUCUCCAGAGAGGUCGUCUCGGCAGGACAGAAUGACAUCCUUACAGUGUUCAUCACAGUGAUUGACACCAACAACCACCGGCCCCAGUUCUCUCAGCCCCAGUAUGAGGUCAGCAUCCCAGAGGACACAGUACCAGAGACAGGCAUCCUGCAGCUCAGUGCCACAGACAGAGACCAGAGGAACAAGCUAUCCUUCACUCUGCUGAGCAGCACUGAUCUCUUCAGCCAGAGGAGGUUCAGGCUGGACCCUGGAACGGGACAGCUCUACACCACAGAACCGCUGGACCAUGAGGUCAUGCACAAACACACCCUCACUGUCAUGGUGCGUGAUGAUGAUGUGCCUGUAAAGCGUAACCUGGUCAGAGUGAUAGUUAACGUGGAGGACACCAAUGAUAACACCCCCUGGUUCACCAGCUCCCAGUACUCAGGCCAGGUGUUUGAGUCAGCCGCUGUGGGAUCGGCUGUACUUCAAGUUACUGCUCAGGACCGAGACAGAGGAAGCAAUGCAGAGAUCAGCUACAUCAUAGAGUCAGGGAACGAGGACAACUCGUUUGCUAUCGAUCUAGUCCUGGGGACCAUUACAGUGGCGAAGGAGCUUGAUCGUGAUGACAAGAGUCAGUUGGAGCUGGCUGUAAAGGCGUCAGACAGAGGAGAGCCUCCACUGAGUGCGGUGACAACAGUACGUAUAGCUGUCACUGUGCCAGAUAACGCCAGGCCCAGGUUCCCUGAGGAGGAGAUCUCAGCUGUUAUCAGUGAGACAGCCCCUGUAGGGAGCUUAGUGACUCUAGUCUCUGCCUGCGGUCACUCUUCUGUCCUCUACCAGAUCAGAGAGGGAAAUGUCAACAACGCCUUCGAUAUCAAUCCAACGUCUGGUGUUGUUGUCACUCAGAGGCUGUUGGACUAUGAGAGUGUGUCUUCAUACAGACUGACCGUGCAGGCCACCAACAUGGCGGAGAUGGUGAACUAUGUUACAGUCCGUAUUCACCUCAGAGAUGAGAAUGAUGCAGAUGAUUCAGCAGUGGGUCAAGUUGUCAGGCAGAUAACCACAGUGGAUAAAGACACUGGUAGGAAUGCUGAGAUCAAAUACCAGCUAAAAGAAGACUGGGGAUAUUUUCAGAUCAGCCCCUCAGGGGAAAUCUCUCUCAAAAGGACCAUUCACCCAAAAGACGUUGACAAAAAGUUUGCGAUCAGCGUCAUCGCUAAAGACAGAGGGGACCUAUCUCUCUCAGCGACAGUGGAGGUGGCGGUGACGGUGGUGAGCAAAGCCGUGCCUGUGUUUGAGAAAUCCUCCUAUGACAUAGUUAUACCAGAGGAUGUUCCAGUAGACACCUCUAUUGUGAAGAUCCAGGCCAAAGCCUCAGAGGGACUAAGGACUGUCUAUAGCAUCUCUGAGGGAGACCCUUUAGGUCAGUUCUCCAUUAGUUUCAUCACUGGUGUCUUCCAUGUUGUACAGCCGUUGGACCACCCAGCAUACAGACUUAGCAUCCGAGCCUCAGACUCACUUACAGGGGCUCACUCUGAAGUUUUCCUUGACAUUAUCUUGGAGGACGUCAAUGAUAAUGCACCGACUUUCAAAGAGAGGUUAUAUGAGGCUAGUGUGUCUGAGUCGGCUGACAUUGACUCGUCAGUGUUACAGGUGUCUGCCAUAGACUCAGACUCAGGCAACAACAAAGUGCUGUUUUACCAGUUAGUGGAGGAGGGGGGUGGCUCCUCAGAUUACUUCACCAUUGACCAAGACAGUGGGGUGAUCAUGACAUCUGGCCUGUUAGACUAUGAGGUGGGACCACAACAUAGGUUGGUGGUCAGAGCUGUGGAUGGGGGUGUCCCUGCCCAGUCCAGUGAGGUCCCAGUCAUCAUCUCAGUGACAGACAUCAAUGACAACCCACCAGUCUUCACUCAGCAUCUGUAUAAGGCUAUGGUCAGCCAGCUGGCCGAAAGGGGUCAUUUUGUAGCCUGUGUGAGGACCUCUGAUGCUGACCUGUCAGACACUGACCGCCUGGAGUAAUCCCUACUCUCUGGCAAUGAGGACUCCAGCUUCAUCAUAGACGGAAGGAGUGGAGAGAUUGUCAUAUCGAACCACCGCAAGCUGAACAUGGAGCCACUGUAUAACCUCAGUGUCUCUGUGUCUGAUGGGCUUUAUAGUAGUGGAUGUAACGUCCAGGUCACAGUGAUCACUUCUAACCUCCACAGCCCCUCUUUCUCCCACACUGACUCUGUUAUAGAGCUGUUGGAGAACUCCCCUGUUGGCAUGUUGGUCACUCAAGUCACAGCUACCGAUAAAGAUACAGGAGUGUAUGGCAAGGUGACAUAUUACAUAGUCAAUGACGUCGCAAAGGAUAAAUUCACUAUCAAUGAAAAUGGGGAGAUUUUUACUGUGGAAAUCUUAGACAGAGAGAAUGUAAUCAGUAGCCUAAUCUCUAUUAGUCUGAUGGCUACAGAUGGAGGGGGAAAGCUAGGCUUCACCACUGUCAACGUGAUCCUGACGGAUGUUAACGAUAACGCUCCUCAGUUCAGGGCAGCAGAAUACAAAGCCAAUAUUCCCAGGGAUGUCGCUGAAGGAACUAUCAUAGUCAGAGUUACUGCUGUGGACGCAGACGAAGGCAGCAAUGCUGACAUCACAUACACUGUAGAAUCUGAGGUGGGAGGUUUUGACAUACAUCCUCUCAAUGGUGAUGUAAUCGCCAAAGACAAUUUUACGACUUAUAAAAAUGACCUAUUUUCCUUUUAUGUGAGUGCUAAAGACGCUGGAGAUCCACCUAAACAAACUGUGGUGCCAGUAUACAUCAGACUACUGCCCAAGGAGGUGACAGUGCCAAAACUAGUUGAGUUACAGAAGAGAUGGUCAGUCAGUGAGGGCCUUCCUAUAGGUUCUGAGAUUGAUGUCAUCCAAGAGAGUGAGCAGCCUUUGAUAUACAACCUUGUUAAAGGCAGUACCCCUGAGAGCAACCAAGACCAAGUCUUCGUUGUCAACACAGACACAGGGAAGCUCAAACUAGCUAAACGUCUUGACUUUGAAUACACUAAAUGGUACCGGCUGACUCUGCAGGCACAGGGCGACCUAGAGGGCAUUGACGUGAUUACUACUGCCCACCUCCAUAUUCAGGUACAGGACGUCAACGAUAACAGUCCACAGUUUGAAUCGGACUCUUACAGAUCAUUUGUUGUUGAGAACCUACCUAGAGGAACCUCAGUGAUUCAGGUGAGGGCUACUGAUCUAGACUCAGGAGUGAACGGCCAGGUUACAUACAGUCUGGACCAGUACCAAAACUCUGUAGAGGUCCUGGGGAUAUUUGCUGUGGAUGGAGAGUCAGGGUGGGUCACAACACUGAAGGAGCUGGACCGGGAGCAGCAGGACCGGUACUCAGUAGCAGUACUGGCUACAGACAGAGGGCAUGACGGGAGGCUGAAUGCCACUGCCACAGUGGAGGUGACAGUGGUGGACGUGAAUGACAAUCCCAUGCGCUUCACGGAGGAGGUGUUCAGGGCCAGCGUCAGUGAGGACAUCCCCGUUCCUAGCAGGGCCAUAGCAGUCCUGAGGACCACCGACAGAGACUCUGAAGACCUCAACAAGCCAAUCUGCUGUUUCAUCACAGGAGGUGAUCCACGGGCUCAGUUUGGCCUGGAGCACUCUCGGGAGUGGAGGGUGGUGGUGAGGAGAGCUCUGGACAGGGAGGAGAGGGACAGCUACCUCCUGAACGUCACUGCUACCGACGGCCUACAUCCUGCUCUCCAUGCCCAGACAGUCCCUGAGAACACUCCUGAAGGGAGGCUGGUCCUGCGAGUCUCUGCCACUGAUGCAGACAUCCAAUCCAACGCUCAGAUCUCAUACACUCUCUCUGGAGAUGGAGCUGAUUACUUUAGCAUUGAAUCAGACACAGGCCAGCUGAAAACCCUGUUGCCGUUGGACCGCGAGGAGAGGGAUGUGUACAGUCUGGUGGUGCAAGUGGAGGAUGGAGGACAGCGUUACUGCCAGGCUAAUGUGGUGAUAACAGUGGGAGAUGUCAAUGAUAACGCUCCUGAGUUCACAGCUGACCCCUACCCUGUCACUGUCUUUGAGAACACUGAGAUAAACACGUAUGUGGCACGGCUAUAGGCCACUGAUCUGGAUGCAGCAAACAACAGCAGGAUCCUGUAUUCCUUUGAGGACUCAGCCGAUGGCCGAUUCUCCAUCCAGCAGGAUUCAGGGCUGGUCCGUGUGGAGCGACCCCUGGUGAGGACCCAGGCUGGGUACACGCUGCGUGUCCGGGCCACAGACCAGGGCUCACCCAGAAGACUGUCCUCUGUCUGUUCUGUACUGGUCUCUGUGCUCAGCGUCAACGACAGACCCCCGGCCUUCCAAAACAGGGACUAUGGCGUCACGGUGUCAGAGGACGUCACCUUGGGGACCCAGGUGGUCAGGGCGUUUGCGGCUAGCGGUGACCCCAAGGCCACCGCUGACAUCACCUACUCCAUCAUCAACGGCAACGAGCAUGGGAUGUUCAGCAUCGACUCACACACCGCUGACAUUUUUGUGACCAAGGCUCUGGAUUAUGAAGCGUCCCAUGAGCACUAUUUGACAGUACAGGCCUUGGACAAAGGCAGGACGAGCCAAGGUGACAUUGCCACAGUAACCAUCUACUUGACAGAUGUCAACGACAACUCUCCUGUCUUCAGCCAGGAGGUGUACUCUGCUGUGAUCAGUGAAGAUACCGACACGGGCCUGACCAUCUUGACCGUGAUGGCUGAUGACAUUGAUGGUGCCUCCAACAACCACAUCCACUUUUCCAUCAUCAAGGGCAACCAGGCCGGGCCCUUCACCAUAGACACGGUCAGCGGUGAGGUGAAGGUUGUCUGCCCGUUAGACCGAGAAAAGGUGGCUUCGUACACUUUGACGGUACUGGCAUCAGACAGUGGGAGCCCCUCCAGAUCCAGCAGUGCCCUGAUCAACAUUGACGUGUCGGAUGUGAAUGAUAAUGCGCCCGUGUUCUCUGAAGCCGACUACAGCCUUGUCAUCCAGGAGAGUGUCCCAGUAGGGACCAGUGUUCUCCAGCUGACUGUAACAGAUAGGGAUGCCUCCCACAACGGCCCCCCGUUCUCCUUCACCAUCCUGGGGGGAGACGAGGGAGGCUCCUUCCUAAUAGACCCCCAGGGAACCCUCAGGACCACCACACUGCUGGACCGCACAGUAAAGGACCACUACAUACUACAUGCUCAGGUGUUAGACAGUGGCAGACCACCGAUCCUGGCCUCCACAGUGAUCAAUAUCAGGGUGAUCCAGGAGAGCCUCCACCCCCCUGCUAUCCUCCCCCUGGAGGUACUCAUCUCCACCCCAGGAGAGGCCUACCCGGGCGGGGUGCUGGGUCAGAUCCGAGCCACUGACCAGGACCUUUAUGACUCUCUGACCUACCACCUCCAGCCCGACAUAGCCAACACACUACUGUUCUCCCUGUCCCCCUCAGAUGGCCGGCUGGUGACCCGGCCGGGUCAGGUCCUCAAACUGGGCCACUACCUGCUCAACGUCACCGUCACCGAUGGACGCUUCACCACGGCAACCGGUGUCGGCGUGCACGUCCACCAGGUGACCAAGCGCAUGCUGGAGAGCUCCGUGGCUGUCCGCCUGGCUGGGGUGGGCCCCGAGGAGUUCAUAGGGGAGCACUGGAGGGGCUUCCUGAGGGUGCUGCGCAUGGUGGCAGGGAUCAGGAGGAGUGAUGUCCAGCUGGUCAGUCUGAAGCCCUGUGAGCCCCCUGGUAGCCUGGAUGUCCUGCUGACCACUACCAAGGACAGGAUCCUCCUCAGUAAGCUCAAUGCCUCUGUGGGGGCUAUUCAGGAGGUUACAGGCCUCCGCGUGGUCAUGGUGUUCAGGAAGCUAUGUGCAGGCUUGGACUGUCCUGCCAUGCUCUGUAGUGAGGUGGUCACCCUGGACCAGAACUUCCUGACCACCUACAGCACGGCUAGACUCAGCCUCAUCACCCCGCCACAUCACAGAUCUGCUGUGUGCCUCUGCAAAGGUGGUGAGUGUCCUGUGUUGAAGCAGCUCUGUGAGGGGAAGCCCUGUCCUGAGGGAUGUGUUCCAACCUGUCCACCUGACCAACAGGGAGGAUGCUCAGGAGGUCAGUCUCUGUGGUUCAGUGGGAAGGGUUACAUCAGGUACCGUCUGAUGGAGAACCGUAAUAGAGAGGAGAUGAAAGUGUCUCUCAGACUGAGAACCCUGUCCCACCAUGCCACUCUCCUGUUCGCCAGAGGAACAGACUACAGCAUUCUAGAGAUAGUGGACGGUAAGCUGCAGUACGAGUUUGACUGCGGCAGUGGCCCAGCCAUCGUCUCUAUCCACAGUGCCCAGGUCAGUGAUGGCCAGUGGCACACCGUAUCCCUUGAGGUAGACGGCAAUCACGCCAUGCUGGUUCUGGAUCAGCUCUACACAGCCUCGGGCACGGCACCAGGCACCCUCCACUCCCUCAACCUGGACGGAAGCCUAUUCCUGGGUGGUGUUUCUGAAUCUGACCAGCAGCGUUUGCCAGUCUCUCACAGUCGUGAUCUACAGGGUUGUAUGGAGGCAGUCAGGUUUAAUGGCUAUGAUCUGAACCUGGACACCGAGGCCCAGGCCCAUGUUCUAGUAGAGGAGGUGGUGGGGGUGGCACCAGGCUGUGGGACCCUCCCUGUCCCAGACUGCUCCUCUCAGCCCUGUGGGAAUGGAGGAACCUGCUCCACUCUGCCUCAUGGAGGUUACUUCUGUAAAUGCAGUGACUUGUUCAUGGGGUCUCACUGUGAGGUGGCUGCUAGCCCCUGUUCCUCCAACCCCUGUCUGUAUGGAGGAACCUGUGUCCUGGACAACCAGGACUUUUACUGCCAGUGUAGAGGACAGUACUCAGGACCACGGUACAUAGAGCAGUUACCCAUUAUGGACUGAAAUUUGGAAUAAUGUGUCCCAAAUGGCACCCUAUUCCUUUGUAGUGCACUACUUUUGACCAGGACCCA